ACGUGGUCACGUGAGUCUCCAUUGACGUGUGUGCCUGGUCAUCUGACCCGAGAUCGAUCAUCGGUUCGAGUGAUCCGGAGAAGCGGCGUUCAGAGGGGAUCAUGGCCAGUCAGUCCGCAGGAAUCCAGCAGCUGCUGCAGGCAGAGAAGAGGGCGGCCGAGAGGGUGGCGGAGGCUCGGAAACGAAAGAACAGGCGUCUGAAACAGGCAAAAGAGGAGGCCCAGGCCGAGAUUGAGCAAUACAGGCUGCAGCGAGAGAAAGACUUCAAGGCAAAGGAGGCAGCUGCUUUGGGCUCCCAUGGAAGCUGCUCUGAAGAGGUGGAAAAGGAGUCAGCUGCUAAGAUGAUCAUAAUCCAAGAAAACUACAAGCAGAAUCGAGAAAUUGUUUUAGAGCAAGUGCUGUCUCUUGUCUGUGACAUAAAACCAGAAAUUCAUGUCAACUAUCGCUUCAGCGGCUAGGGAGGUCCCAUG